AUGGAAACAGUGGUUGGUGUUGAGGGGAGUGAUGAAGGGAAGUUUGAGGAGAGUGGGGUUGAGAAAAGUAGCUCUUCUUUGUCUUCACCGAAGCAGAUUGCCGAUCCUGUUGUGUACAAGCUCGUUCGGGUUGAAGGUGAUGGGAGAUUAGUGCCGGCAACAGAUGAUGAAGUAAUGGAGGUUGAGGAAUUUCUUGUGGAUGAGAAGAUUGAAAUACCUGUUGUUACGGACGCUGGAAAUGUUGAGUGCAUUUCCAAUGAAGAGUCUUCCUCUGGGAAGUCUCAUAAAGAAAGCUCAGAAGGUCUGUCACAUUCAGAGAACACAGAACCUGAUGCAAAAUUAAGUGCACGGCUUGAGAAAUUCGAUUCAAGUGGAAUGGGUGUGGCAGCUAAACUGGUACAAGAGGCCCUUAGUGUGCGUAGUUCUCCACCAGAGAGUGAGCAUGCGGAUAAAGUCUUGAAAGUGAGAUCUGCUUCUGAACAGAUUCAACCACUGUUUGCUGCUGAACCAGAGAAAGACAAGCGUCGCUCGGUAAUGAGUACAAUUGAACUGGGGAAGAACUUGGGCUUGAAACAGACGGAUUCAUCCGAGGACAAUUCAGAUGAUGGUAUUGCAACGGUUCCCACAGCAAAAGGUGGAAUGAGAAGGAAACACCAUCGAGCUUGGACUCUUGUUGAGGUUAUAAAAUUAGUUGAGGGUGUCUCUAAGUGUGGCACUGGGAGGUGGUCUGAAAUCAAAAGGCUUUCUUUUGCAUCAUAUUCUUAUCGCACUUCUGUUGAUCUCAAGGACAAAUGGAGGAACCUGUUGAAAGCUAGCUUUGCCCAAACACCUCCUGAUGAUGGAAUAAACUCUCGGAAACAUGCUUCAGUGCCCAUACCGGCCGCAAUUUUGUUAAAAGUGAGAGAGCUUGCUGAGAUGCACGCUCAGGUACCGCCAAAUCUAGGGCCGGGCAAGCUGCCCAGCGUUAGUCGAAGCGUGCAUCAAACGAGAUCAGGCUACUUGUAA